UUCUUGCUGGCUUAACUGCCACACUCAGUAACUAUGGUGUAGUCAAGGACAAUGCCACAGGCACUUUCUUGAGUUCUGGAUACGCAGUCCUCGAUGUAUCAAAGCAAUCACUUGCUCAAGAUGAGACCCCCUUUUUGGAGCUCUCUCAUGUGAUUACCUGAGUUGAUCCGGACGUCUCUCGUUCUGGCAAAAUGUUUAUUUUGGCCUAUUGGAAUGAUAUGCCUACCUAUUGUAAGUAUUGUCAUGAAUCUGGUCAUAUCGCUUCCAGUUGCCCUAAAUCCCCUAGCGGCAAACGUGUCUGCUUCCUCUGUCUCAAACGUGGCCAUGUUCGGGCCGAUUGUCCUGAACGCACAUCCACUGCUAAGCGACGCCGUAAUGGUCGCUCUGUAGCACGCCCGUCCUCUUCAACUCAGCCUGCUUCAAGCGACACUGAGAUCACAACGUCAGAAAUAUCAAGUGGCGAAAAGGACGAUUCGAUAAUUACUCCUAAGUCUCAAGAGAUCAUCAUAGUGCAGGACCAACACUCAGAGAUCACUGAGGCAUCUGAUCUACCUGUACAUAAUCCCUCGCACUUACAUUCCAAAUAUGUCAAUGUUGAGCCUUCUAGACAAUCUACGGCAGGGAUUGACCAGAAUUCCCUCAUUUCUACCUCUCGAUCGUCUUAUCCUCCCUCGGAUACUGCAGAGGUUUACUCUGAUGCUGAAAUGGAUGAGGCCCACCAGUCUUCUGAGAAUUUAGAAGAACCUGAUGAAGCACCCUCUAGUGAUACAGAAAUGAAUGAAAUCCACAAUGACCCUAAAGCACCAGUUUCCAAAUCUUCUACACCAGGUGUUUCUGUUCGUCGUAGCGGUCGCAAUCGAAACGCUCCGGACAAGCUGAAUCUUUAAUCUUAUUAUUAUGAUAUAUAAUAAUCGCAAGGCAUUCAAGUUACUAUCUUUGAAUGGCAAUAGUUUUUUCAAAGUUAGUAAACCAUCUACACGAAAACAAUUUAUACGACACAUUCGAUCCUAUAAUCCCACAUUUGUUGCUCUGCAAGAAGUGGAUAAUAGUGAUAACCCUUCCUCAC